GUUAUAUCGGCAGUUACAGUGGAACAUCUCUCCAAUCUACAGUGAACCGUCCAACAGAACGUAAGUGCACCGCUCGCCCGAUCGCACGUACCGCAGAAGCAUCUGGUUAGAAUAAACUGAAAAAUGAUACCACAAACAACUUGCCAACUGGUUGUGUUCCUGUUAUGUACCGUACUGCUAUCACUUUCAUCCAUCGAUGCCGGUCAAACGUUUGAAUGCGUACUCCAAAUCCGUGACGAUGAGAAUGUAUGCGCAUUCCGCAAUGUGAUGUACACCGCCAAUAUGACGGGCGUUACAUUUAAGGCACCGAUCGGCAAGAUACAGCAUGUGGCCUUCGAGGAUAGUACGCUCGAGCAUCUGCCAAAGGAACUGCUUACCGCUUUUCCCGAUCUCCGGUCGCUCAGUGUACCGAACACAAACCUCAGCACGGUAAUCAUUCCCGCGAAGCUGGAGCGUCUGUACGCGUCGGACAAUCAAAUCACGCGCAUUAUCGUGCAUCAGACGCGCGACACUACGACCAUGCUGGAGCUAAUGCUCGAUUCGAACCACCUGCACGAUGUGACCAAUCUGACGCGGUUGGCAAAGCUGGAGAUACUUAAUCUGAGCGGCAAUAAGGAGCUCUCGAACGAUGGUACGAUCGAGCUGGGACGGUUCAAGGGUAUGAACGGAUUGCGCCACCUGCUACUCUCCGACGUGGGUGCUUACUAUCUCGAGAAUGAACAGGAUGUGUCACUGCCGGAGUUGGAACUGCUCGAUCUGUCCAACAACAAUCUGCUGACGUCGAGCUUGAGUGUAAAAGUGUUCGCACCGCUCAAGUCGCUACAGAUCCUGCGACUCGGCCACAACCAGCUGAAGGAUCUGGAUGCGAUGCAGCUGACGGAGGGAAGCCCACAGCUGAAGCAGAUCUACCUCGAGGGAAGUCAUUUCCCGUGUGAUCAGCAAAAGUUGAUCUUAAACCAUCUGAACAAGGCCGGUGUUGAGACGCCCGUCACCAACAGGCAGUCGCGAUGUUUAUUGGGUUUUGAGAAGCACGACGACAUGUGCUGCGUUCCUAAGAUGCCGGUUACGGGUGCGAGCGGAACGGCAGUUCCACCACCACCACCGCCACCAUCAAGCGUGGAAGAGGAUAACCGAAUGACGGACAGAACGUCCACCAGCGGCAUGGAUACGGUGAUGGUGCACAGUAAGGACCGGACGACAAGUACUGUGACUCCACCUGCAGCCGUACCCAAGUCGAACGAUGGCAAGAACGGGGCUACGCUGGUCACGUUGGGCAACAGUAGCUGGUUCGGCGUUCUGCUGGUAGUGUCCGUUGCGAAACUAAUGCUAUUCUAAUCUACUAGCUGUGGUAGAUUGUUUACCUCAGCAUGACUCAUUUCGAGCCAACGCUGUAAGCUUCAAUCGCGCGUCAUUGGAUUUGGACGUUGUGUUUUUUUUCCCUUGCGUAACACUAAUAAAGGUGUUCAAACAGGGGAAUGACCUGUUUUGUGUGGCUAUUUAUACCAUCAAAAAGGUGGCAUGUGAAUUAGGAAAUUCGAUUUCCAAUAAAGGACGCUUGUUUGGGUGGCAUAAAGAGUUGACAUUUUCGAACGAUCGAUACCGUCUACGGUGCUUCUAUUUCCUUUGGACGCGUCCAUUUACAGCACUCCAGUUCACGUGCAUUAGCGUGUAAUAGACCACCAACCAAUAGUGAUGAGCUUAAAGAAACAAAAACUCAGAAAAAAAACAUUACACUCUUUUACCCUACCCAAUCAUUAGCUUCUCGUAGACGAUCGACACCAGUUUUACUAAACUAAACACUAACUAAACAACGCAUUAGUGCGCACCAUUCGCAAAAUAUUGCAAACCCUUAUCAUGGCAUGUUAGAGUAAACACUUUACACACCAUUCAUUAGUAUUCGGUAGGAAAUUGGGUCAACAUGGCAAUUGCUACAUUUUACAUGAGAAAUUUGAAACCGUAGGGCAAUCUGAUUGCAACAUGAUUGGGGUCAUUAUGCAGCAGUAUUACGUUAGCUGAAAGAAUUGUGCGUCUGUCUGUGUGUGUGUGUCCCUUGUAAAAUUUAAACUAUGAAGAUAUCGUUUGGCAUUGUGCGAGUAAUAAGCUUAUGAAUAUCAUUCACCAAAAAAAUAAACUCUGCUGUAGCGAUCAUCACAAUGCGAUGCUUCGUUCCAUCAUUCCGUCAGUGAACUAUUCCAUCAGACGUAACUACCCGCCAUAUUGCGAUAAUACCUCCUAUUUGGUACGGUUGAAAUAAAAAAAAACUCCAGCCAAUAAUGCCGACAGUGUAUGAAUAUGAUAGAAAUUAGGAUACCUAGCAGUAAGUUGAAGGCUACCCACGCAGAAUGCUACCAAUUAACGAAGUAUUAAGUAUCGUCUCAUUAACAUCUAGUCGUAGAAAUAAUCACAUUUGCAUUGCUAAUCGGUAUGGUCAGGUGAAAAAACAGGACGUGCAGUAGAACUGCAAAUUUCAUACAACGAUUUUUGAAAACCAUGUUUUGUACACAAACAUUUUUGGGGACGAAUAGUUUCGCAAAAAAAAUAACGCGAUACGAACGUCCCCCGACGACGGUAUACAACCGGAACCGGUGGUAAUAGUGAGGCCAAGUGCUCUUAGAUGAUAACGACGGGAAGAAGGAGAAGGGCGGGAAACAUGUUGGGGGCGUAAGGAUAAACAGCACUGUCGUGUGUAUGUAACACCGGAACCAAUAAGAAAUCAUCCUUUCACAAGCACACAUGCAAGCAUUGCGAAUGCUGCACGAUGGCCAACAUCUAAUCCUGUAGCUAGAAGCACGCAUUCAACCGCUUUUUUGAUCCACGAUCUCGUUGUACUAUUCGCUCCUGGCUGGCAGCAUAAAAGGGUCGUCUUUAAACGCAACGCUUCGUAGGUUAGGGCUGCAGUCGCUUAUCGCAUGGGAAGCUUAUCGGUGGGGGGGGACCUUUCUCUUCCAGCGGCGAUAUUGUGAUUAUUCGUAUUGGUGCUAGGUGGGCCGAAUCCGUACCGUAAAACUGGCGUAACAUUUCUAGUGCCACUCUAUUUCAUGGCAUAUUUCACAUAUUCACUGUACUUUCAUGCUUUAUCGUGGUAGAAGUAAAAUCGUUUUAAAAUCUAAUCUGCUACUACUAGUCUAACGUUCA